GAAGAUCCACAAUGGACCUUUAAUAGCCUCAUGUCACUGAGCCCCCUUUAUAGCCUCACAUUGGGCACCAAAUUGCCAUUAUUUCAGGCAGGACCCUAUAAACCAUUAGACAGGGACACUUUCUACCAAGCACCUGAUGGAGCCCGGCAUUCUUUGACUGUAACUGACAAUCUCCAAACCUCAUUGUUUAUGCAGCGAGCUCUGAAUUGUGUGAAUCUAUUAGACUAGGAACUCGGUUCAAGGAUAUAUUCCUGCUUAGCGAAUGAAAGGCACUUCUAGUCUGAAUAUGCUGCACAUUAAUGACACACAACACAUGACAAGGACAGUAACUGCACAAAGGUCUAAUAAAGUGAUGAGUCAGAGAUGCAGCAGAACUUCUCAAUGCUUUCCUCUCCAUUCCCGUCAAGGCUCUUAGACGUUCUGUGCACAAUAUCAGUGUAUUGCUAGUGAGCUCAGUUCUCUUAAAUUGGAAACAACUUUUCAGAUACCUUUUGCAGCAUAAGAGAAAUCUUCUACUUUUUCACAGAUAACUGAUGGCAAGUUUAACCAUGAAUGAUUCAGGGUGGUCACCAAUUCAUCAUGCAACCUACAAAAACCAUCUGACACUUGUGGAACGUCUCAUUGAAUCCUCAGGAUAUGAACACCUUGAGAAGAAGACCGACGAUGCUCUUCAAAACACUCCUUUACUUUUGGCCAUUGCAUGUGGAAGUCAACCAAUGGUCCAACUCUUGGUCAGUCAUGGAGCUGAUGUCACCUAUGUGAACAACUGUGGGCAGGGAGUGAUAGAAAUGUCUGCCCUUUUUGGUCACAUUGACUUUAUCGAAUACUUUCUGAGUCUUCAUAAUAAGGACUUAAAUGUAUAUAAAAAACUAAUAGGUCUUCUAGACCAUGACUCCGAAGAUGGUGUCAGCGGGGCUUGUUUUAUCAUCUCAGAGCUGACCAGUCUGUCUGAAGACCAAGAGUCCAUAUGUCAUGUGAACCACCUUGUAGAUGAAGGACUGGUCUCACAAUUGGUUGAUGUGCUUAAGAAGAACCUUACUGAGAAUAUAAAGAUACAAACCUUAUAUUUAUUUAAAUGCAUCUUGAAGAAUAAGAUUGUGAGACGAAAGAUGGUGGAGGUAGAGGGCUUUCAGGUUCUUGUUUCUCUGAUCUUCAAUGGCCCGAAACUGCUCCUUCCUCGAGUCUUGGGCUGCAUAUGUGAGCUUGCGACAGACGAAGACUUUACAGAAGGCAUUUCAGCCGCUGUCAUCCCAGCGCUCAAAAAAGUGAUUUGUAGUGUAGAGCAAGACGAUGUUCUGCAGUCAACUUUGAAAGUCUUGGACCUUCUGGCAGCUGGGUCAGCGAUGUGUAAGGACUCUAUUGGUAAAGAAGCUAGUCUUCUCGCCACUCUGGUAAAACUUUUCAAAGUUUGUCAGACAAACCCCUUAAUAGUGGUUUGGGGAGAUGCCAUCGGCAGCAUUGCUGAAGGAAACAGAAGCAACCAAGAUGUUUUCCUUAGUGAGAACAUUGGCUCGUGUCUCUAUCAGAUGUUAAAAUCUCAUAACCGAGAAGUCCAGAUGUCUGCGGUGAAAACAAUUCACAGACUCGUAGAUGGGAAUCCUCAGGCUCAGAGGAAAGUCAUGGAGUCUAAUAACCUCUCUCCGCUUGUGCAUCUGCUGAAAAGGAGCAAGUCCCAGUUCACCCAGGAAGCCAUAACCAGGACGCUGUGGGCCCUGUCUGGCCAGACGCAGAAGCUCAGAGGAUGGUGGCCGCCAGAAUAGGUGUACCUUUGCUGGUUGAAUUUCUGUCCUCUCCGUCUUACAUUCUCAAUCUGAUUGGAACCAGAGGACUGAGGGUCUUGGUGCAGGGACCCUAUGACCUGCGGAACGCAGUGAUGUCUGCUGACGCCGCCCGCCAUCUUGUACGCCUCCUCAGGUCUCCCCGGGAGGAUGUUGUCCUGAGUGCAAUACGAGCUUUGCAGGACAUCUGCCUGGGAGUCGGCUUUAUUCCACAUGGCAGUAUCCAGAGUGCUGUCGCCGGUUCCAGGGGGCUGAAGUUUCUCGUAGCGUUGAUGCGACACUCUCAGUCGGAGCGCAUUAAGGUGGAGGCAGCACUUGCAAUAGCGACAUCGGUUCUGGGGCACAGUGAGAAUCUGCAGCUAAUUGGGAAAAGCUCUGGCUUCAGCUUCUCACACGUCCUCCUCCUGUUGCGCUCGUCUGAUGAAGAAAUUCGCCUGACUGCCGGAGAAACUUUGGCCACAUUCGCUUUUAAUAGUACAAGCCAACAAAAGGAGAUUGUUCAGAAUGGAGGACUGGUGUGGAGGGACUUGGCCCCAUUCCUCGAAUCAGCUGAGCAGAAUCGCAGGGCUCUCGCAGCAUUUCAGUUGGCGGUGCUGGCGCACAUCGUUUCCGAUAAGGAUCCGUCCUACACCUGUGCUGUUGGCAUACAGACGCUGAUCGGGUUACUGCAGACCGCGCGGUCCUACGACACCCUGGCACUGGCUGCGGACUGUGUGGCCAGAUUAUCACAUAGCCGGGCAGGGCUUUGUGCCGCCAUGGUCUCCAUUGAUAUCGUGAAUGUGUUGUGUCCGCUCCUGUCCAGCCCGUCGCCGCAGGUGAAAGGUUCGGCCUCCAUUGCUUUGUCUUAUCUAAGCUUCAACCCACUGGCGGAGAGGCAGCUGUUGCAGAGGUGCAGAAGAGAUCCGGAGAUCAUGAAGGUCUUAAUUUACUACAACAAGAGAAGGAGAUGGUCGGAGAAUUUUCUGGGAAGAUGGAGACAUAUCAGAAAGCUCACGCUGCCCCCGAUCCGAGAAUCAAAUCAUCGCUCCAAAAACUGCAGAUUAUCGACAAUCUGAGAUCAGGAGGAAGGAUCAAUGUUCAUCAAUUUAACAGCAUACAGACACUUCUACUGUAAUAUAUUCACAUACACUGCACAGUACCACUU